ACUAUAAAUCCAAAUCAAUUUCAAUCAACUGUUACUAAACCCAUACAAAUUCGACGAUGGAAGUCAAUUUCCUUUGUCUGCUCCUUUCUCUUCCCUUCCUCGUCCUUGUCCUCCGCUUGUUGUUCCAUAAGCUUUCCAGAAACAAGAACCUUCCUCCAAGCCCGCCUUCACUCCCCAUCAUCGGCCACCUCCCCUACCUCAAACACCCUCUCCAUCACACCCUCCGCUCCCUCUCCGACAAGUACGGCCCCGUGCUCUUCCUCCAGUUUGGCUCCCAGCCGACAGUCAUUGUGUCGUCCCUUCAGGUGGCUGAGGAGUGCUUCACCAAGAAUGACAUUGUGUUGGCAAACCGCCCCAACUGGACCACCUGGAAAUACUUCGGAUACAACUUCACCACCAUCCUGGCAUCCAAUUACGGCGAACACUGGAGGAACCUGCGCAAGGUCAGCGCCAUCGAGAUCUUCUCGACCCACCGGCUCAAUGUACUGAUGGGGAUCGGGAGGGAUGAGAUCAGGAGGCUGGUCCAGAAGCUGUCCAUGGGAUCCCUGCAGGCGUUCAACCGGGUGGAGCUGAGGUCCAAGCUGACCGAGCUGGCGUUUAAUAUCAUGAUGAGAAUGGUGGUGGGGAAGAGGUAUUUCGGGGACGACGUGCUCGAUGACGAGAAGUCAAAAGAGUUCAGGUAUAUCGUCAAGGAAGUAGUUACAAACAGCGGGGCUACGAACCACGCCGAGUUCCUGCCCAUCCUGAGGUGGAUGGGUUACGGCGGAUUUAAUAAGAGGAUGCUCAGGCUCUUUAAGAGGACGGACGUGUUCUUGCAGGGCUUGAUCGAUGAACACCGAAGGAAGAAAAUCGAUGGCUCCGAGAUCAAGAACACUAUGAUCGAUCAUCUGCUCAGCUUGCAAGAAUCCGAGCCCAACUACUACACGGAUGAAAUCAUCAAAGGGCUCAUAUUGGUGAUGUUGUUAGCAGGGACGGACACGUCAUCAGUUACCCUGGAAUGGGCACUGUCCUAUCUGGUGAAUCACCCGGACGUGCUGGAAAAGGCAAAGAACGAGAUCGAUGCACAGAUUGGCAUAGAUUGCUUGAUCGACGAACCGGAUGUCUUGAAGUUGCACUACCUCCAGAACAUAAUCUAUGAGACCCUAAGACUGAAGCCGGCCGCCCCGCUCUUACCACCCCACCGGGCUUCCGAGGACUGGCAGAUAGCAGGGUACAACGUGCCGCUCAACUCGAUGGUACUCGUCAAUGCCUGGGCCAUCCUCAGGGACCCUAUGUUGUGGGACGACCAUACCAGUUUCAAGCCUGAGAGGUUCGAGGCUGGACCGGGAGAACUCAACAAAGAAGCUCAUAAGCUGAUGUUGCCAUUCGGGCUUGGGAGGAGGGCCUGCCCUGGUGCACCCCUGGCUCAGCGCGUGGUGGGCCUGACCUUGGGAUCGUUGAUUCAGUACUUCGACUGGAAAAGGGUGAGUCAGGACCCGGUCGACCUGAGUGAAGGCAAAGGUCUGACCAUGCCUAAAGCAGUGCCACUAGAAGCAAUGUGCAGAGCUCGCCCGAUCUUACACAAGGCACUCUCCGGAGAAUCAUCAAAGACCAUUAAGGGUGAGUAAGCUUUGGAACUCUGGAUGCGCGUAAAUGGGGGAUGCAUGAUUUGAUUUAGUCGUAUAACUUUGAGAAUCAUUAUGCAUACUUAGUAGUUAAUUUCAUUUUCGCGGUAUUUGUCGAGAUGAAUAAGCGUAUGGAC